UGUUUGUGUUUCUUCUUUUUAGGAAACACAAGCGUAUGGCACGGACAUCUGGAUUUUAUUCUCGACUGCAAUUUGCCGGUAAAAUACAUUACUUGUUGUGAUAGUGAUGGAGGUGAUGAUGAUGAAACAGGAAGGAAGAGGUCAGAGGUUACAAAAUCUAGUGUGGGAGUUAAAAGAAAGGCAGCAGGUCUGAAGCUGAACCAACAAAUCGUGGCUGAAGUGAUUGUCUCCUCAUUUCUGAACAAGAAACUUCGUCCUUACAGCAGUAACUUUCUACUUCCUUGUAUCGGUGCCUGUGGCACAGACCAACUGGUUGUGUACUUCUAUGAUUCAGAACAUGAUGUCCUGUUAGAAAGUUGUCAGUUUGAACUCAGGAACGCAACAACAGGUGCUCUGAAUUUACUCACACUAAUUGUCAUAUGGUUAGUGGUCAACUAUAGAUAUACAUGCAGUGGCCUUCAACCAUAUAUGAUGAUGAAAUCAAAUUUUUAUAUGUUAGCAGAAGAGAAGCUUAAAGUUUAUCAAGAAGAACUAAGAUUCGGUUCUGUUGGACGAUUAGACAGCGAUGCUGUCGAAGAAUUGUCAGAUUUCCCGUGGAAUCCUGAGGGUUUGAAAGACAUCGAUGACGAAAUUGAAGAGCUCAAAAAAUAUUUCUGAAUAAUGUCUAUUAGACAGCAAAAAGUGUAAGAAAUGUUUGCUCAUAUGAAAUAUCUUUACAAGAUGUGUUAAAUACGAUUGCUGAGGGCUAUUCCAGUAAAAAAUAUUUAUUCAAUAAGAGAAAUAUUAAUGCAGAAAAAAAGAAAUAUUUUGCAUGGUGGGCGAUGGAGAAAAUGCCUCUUCAGGUGGUUCCUGUUUGACAAUUCUUGUGUCCUCAUGUUGGGUAGAUAUUUUACUGGAAUAACCCUAAAGAUGAUGAAUUGGAAUUU